AUGCAAGACCGAUUUGCUGAAGUUGGUUAUGACACGCGUUGCAGGUGGUUUGUCCUCAAGCACGGCAAGAUUUUCUGGUUCAAAUCGGACGUCGUGCGGCCGGUCAACCACUGCCUGUCUAUCAAGGGCGCUGAGGAUGCCAUCAACAAGCCCCAUGCGUUUGAGAUCUCCACAGCGGAUGCCAGCAUGUACUUCAUUGCCGACUCCGACAAGGACAAGGAGGACUGGAUCAAUGCCGUGGGUAGGGCCAUCGUCAGGCACUCUAGAAGCAUGCUGGACCGGGAUCAGGUGGACUACAACUACGGCAGCGGUGGGCGGUGA